CGCCUCCCUUUGUGGUUGGGGUUGAAAUACAAGAUGGCUCCGGUGUUGGAGAAGAAGCUGCUGGGUGCAGCCGGGACAGAAAGCCACACCAUGGACACCAGCGCCGAGGAGGAUGAAGGACAAAACCUGUGGUCGUCAAUCCUCAGCGAGGUGUCGACACGUUCCAGCACCAAACUCCCCUCUGGCAGGAACAUCCUGCUCUUUGGUGAUGAUGGAUCGGGGAAAACGACGCUGAUGACAAAACUCCAAGGAGCGGAGCACAAUAAGAAGGGCAGAGGACUCGAGUACCUGUACCUGAACGUCCACGAUGAAGACAGAGACGAUGUGACGCGCUGUAACGUGUGGAUUCUGGAUGGAGACAUUUAUCACAAAGGCCUGCUGAAGUUCGCUGUGUCCUCUGAGUCUCUGAAAGACAGCGUGGCCGUGUUUGUGGUGGACAUGUCCAGACCCUGGUCCAUCAUGGAGUCUCUGCAGAAGUGGACGAGUGUCCUGAGAGAACAUGUGGACAAGCUGAAGGUUCCCCCCGAGGACCUGAGGGACAUGGAGCAGAGGAUGGUGAGGAUGUUCCAGGAGUAUGUGGAGCCUGAGGAUACGACUCCAUCGUCCCCUCAGAGACGCAGUGCUCCUGCAGGAGGCGAUGAUGAGUCGGUGGUGCUGCCGCUGGGAGAAAACGUUCUCACACACAACCUGGGAAUCCCCGUGUUAAUCGUCUGCACUAAGUGUGAUGCUGUCACUGUGUUGGAGAAAGAUCAUGAUUACAAAGAGGAGCAUUUUGACUUUAUUCAGUCUCACCUCAGGAGGUUCUGCCUGCAGUAUGGAGCUGCUCUGAUCUACACCUCUGUCAAAGAGGAGAAGAACCUGGACCUCCUGUACAAGUACAUGGUGCACAAACUGUACGACUUCCACUUCAGCACACCGGCCUUAGUGGUGGAGAAGGAUGCAGUGUUCAUUCCGUCCGGGUGGGACAACGAGAAAAAAAUCACCAUCUUACACGAAAACUUGACGACCGUCCGACCUGAAGAUCCGUUUGAGAAUUUCAUCAUAAAGCCGCCCGUACGCAAGUUGGUGCACGAUAAAGAGAUAAACGCUGAAGAUGAGCAGGUCUUCCUCAUGAAGCAGCAGUCUUUGUUAGCCAAACAGCCGGCCACUCCAUCACGAGCAACAGAAUCUCCUGCACGGACGGCGUCUGGUUCUCCUCGGCCCACUGUACGCACCGGACCCACCAAUGUAGCGAGUGUGUCUCCCAUGACGACCGUAAAAAAACCCGACCCCAACAUGAAAGGUGCUGCUGCAAAUGAAGGUGUGUUGGCGAACUUCUUUAACAGCCUGUUGAGUAAAAAGACAGGAAGUCCAGGAACAGCAGGAACAGCAGUGCAGGGAUCAGCCAAGAAAACAGGGCAGAAGCCGGCUCUGAGUGAUGUGCAGGCUGAACUGGACCGCAUGACGCACAAAUCUGACUCUACUGUCUCGGCCAAUCACAGCACAGCGCCAGAAAACGAGGCAUAAACACCACCGAGACAAGUGUGCGUGAACGUGCACACACACACAUGUAUAUAAAAACACACACACAGCUCUCUCUGGAAGAUCUGAGCAUAAAACACCUUAUGAAUAUAAUGACCAAAUUCCCCGUGUGUGUGUGAGAGAGAGAGAGAGAGGGCGAGAGAGUUUGUGAAAUUGAAGGUGAUGAUUAGAUUUAUUUGAAUAUCAAUUCCAAACUUUAUUGUUAAGUUUUUGGUAAGGUUUAAACAAUGCACGUCCAUCCUGUGUGUUGAACUCCACACACUUAUGUUCCUGCAAACAUGCUGCUGUUUCUCGUUCUGCUUUACCUGAUGAUGGAAACAAGAAAGAAACAAAAGAAGAAAAAGGUGGAGUGUGUUGCAUGAGAGGGGAGGAGAGAGAGAGGGGGGCGGGGUCUGUCAAUGUGUCUGAACAUAGCAACAAUGCUAACCUGGUGUAUUUGUAUAAAAAAGAAACGGGGCGUAAAGCGCUUUCUCUCAUGUAACACCGCUGAAGUCAUGACACUAAUCCGAUGCCUUUUCUGCGUAACUGAUUCUGUAAAUAUGCACAAAAUAGUAUUUGCUUUUGUCUUUUUUUUUUUUUUGUAUAAAGUUUAAAUUUAUGAAGAAGUCCUUCAGAUUCAGACUAAAGUAUUGGCAUGAAAUGGAGCUUAUUUUGCUUUUUUUUUUUUUAAUUUUUUUUGUUUGUUUGUUUCCUCGACUCCCAAAGUGCCUGUCGUAGAGGAAAUGCACUGUAGCACCGUCGUCGGUCGAAACUUCCUUUUUCUGCUAAUUUAUUAUUUUUUACAGAUUUCAGCUCUUGCACGUUUUCAUCCUGGCUUCAAUCCGUCUUUCAUACGACAUCAGCUUGUUUUAUAAACCUUUUAUUAACACACUGUAGGCUUCAGUACUGCGUUUCGUGCCCUUGUUCGCUUCCCCUGAUUGACCCGAGUGUGUACUUGCAGCACUAAACCUGAGUGAGCUGAAGCCACGUUCCUCCUGAUUUUACUCCGAGCCUUUACAGGAUCAGCAGAUCAGCACAUUUCCUCUCUUUAUUCAUUUUUUUUCAUGGAUGUUGGGGUCCUGAUCCCACCGCCUGCUGCCCCACACACAUCUCCAUCUGUCUGAGCACUCCACGAGUCUGAUUAAUCAGAGUCACCAGAUCACACAAGAUCUGUACAGAAUCGGGAGCAUACGGGGAUUAAACGCCAACAAACCCAGCAAAAUGAAGUCCAGUGUGAAAAGAGGUGAAGAAAAUGGACGCUAAUCAGACUGUAGUAAUGUUAUCGCAGCUGUAACGUCGUCCAGCAACUUUUUAAGUUUGUUUGUUUUUUUUAAUGGAACCACAAAGUCCACGUGCCACAUGAGAAACCUUUUUACAAAGAGUAAUCAUAAACUCCUUCCUUGAACGCACUUAACUCUGACGUUAUGUUAGUGAGCACUUUUUAUGCGUCAUCAGGUUCUGACACUCAUCCAGUGAAGUAUUUUAGUAAUAAAUCAUUUCUUCUUUCCUGUGUAGUAUCAGAUUAACACUCAUUACAGCACAGUGAGUGCACGGAAUUGGUGUUUCCAUGGAAAUGCACUAAUCUCUAAUAAUCUGCACUACGACUUGAAAAUAACCAUGUUUAACAGACAGAGUUAAAUCCUGAUGUUAAUUUCCUGCAUUGACUGUAACUCUGGAAGCUGCUCAUGUUCCUCAAGCGGUUUCUUAAAAAAAAAAAGUUAAAAUUCCAACUUUCUGGCUAAUAAAUACGAGUCGGGAUAUUGUGGAAUGUUGUGAGCACUCAUGUCCUGCACUGAACAGAAAUGCUUCAGCUCGCUCAUUCUACUGAAUAUAAUUAGAACAUGUUUUAUUGGACCUGGUUUGAUUUUUGAUGCACCAUUUCAAAAAAAAAAAAAAAGAAUAAUCCUUAGUACUACAGUGCAUUGUGGGUAAGCUCUGUUCGGGAAGUCUGGAGAUUUUUUAAUCUCACAAACUUCUUGCAAGAUUGAAACCAACAGAGCAGCUCUUAAAAAAAAAAAAAAACUUAUUAUUAUUAUUAUUAUUAUUAUUAAUGGAAGUGGGCGAGGGAGUGUGAGGAGUUUGACUGAAACAGCCUCAUUUCCACUCUGUGUUCCGUCUGCACAUCUCAGAUUACUUCGUUUAAGCUUUUUUUUUUCCUUUUGACUUGCACAUUUACAUCGUCUUGAUUCUGCUUUCUGUAAAUAAAUAAAUAAAAAAGCCUGUGUGAGAGAGAAACAUUCCUCGUUAUUACACGCAAACUCUGUGGAGGAAAAUCAUCCAUGAAGCUUCUAUUCUUGUAUUUUCUGUUUUUGUGAUGAGCUCUGCUGAUCCUGUAUCAUAUCUGAUUAAUGUACAUUAAACGUGUGGGUUUUUUUCCCCCUCUCUGUUUUUCUGUGUGAGAGUAGAAUAAAAUCCAGGACGUGAGAAUUGUUGUCUGAAUCCUGAUAAACAGGAUGGAGUAAAGUAAACCUGAGCAACUCGGAAAUCUAAAUUAUAGAAAUAAAAAGGAAAAAAGAUAAUUUGAACCAAGGGUGUGUUUUGGUUCUAUCUUAAAUACUCCUGGUGAAAUCAUCAUUCCAGCUCUUGCAUGUCGUUUAUCGUCACUUGUCUUUCUUGCUGCUUUCAUUUCCAAAUCCUCUCCAAUUUAAAAAAAAUAUAUAAUAACCUUCCCCCUCCAUUACUUUCUUUUUACGGGAAAAGACCCCAAGCUGUGCACAGUCUACUUUUUAUUUUUAAUUAAUUUUGCAUGAAUUUAUUUGCUGUAUGAAAGAGUCAAAGAUGGAGAUUUUGUAAGAGAUUUUUUCCCCUUUCCUCUGUAUUUGCGAGCACGCAGACUGAAUGAUUUCACAUUUUUAGUUAAAACAAUAAAAGCGCAUGAAUAAUAAACUCCAGUGGAGCCGCAGCUGUGUGUCAGUACAUAAACGCCUCCACUUAACUGUUGAACAGUUUAUCACCGUUCAUGAUAUUAUUUGAGAAACAUGACACUUUGGGAUUCCAUCAGGAGUUGUGAUUAUCAGUUGUGGUAUUGUUUGUGUUGAAUAUCGUGAUUUUAUUGUGUAGCUGAUAAUCGACACUCCGUUCUGCCUCACAGAUGAGUUUUCUCACGUUCACCUGCAUCUCCUCUCCAUGUUUAUGGAAAAGCUGAAUACUGUAAGUGAGAGGAAAGGCUUCACAUGUGUUUUUGUCGGAAUUCAGGAUGUGCAGCAGGAUCAGGCUUGAAUAUUAUUUUAUUAUUGGGGGGGUCUUUUGUUUUUUUACACUAUGAGCUUUGUAUGUAAGUUGGUCUCAAUGAAUAAACCUGCUGUGUGUGUAAGACAUGGCAGAGAGAGCAGGAUUUUUUUAAUUCUUGUAGUUUAAUCAGCUGUAUAAGGUGUACCUCGAGUACUUCCCCUCAUCAGCAGCAAACAGAAUGAGUCCAGGUCCUGUACUGACGGCUUUCCACAGUCUCUGUUAUUAACUCGGUCUGACUGUACGCCUUUUACCUGAUGCAGUGUAACGGUUCUGCAGAGUCGCUCGCUUUUCUGCCAAUAAAGCAAAAGGAAACAGCUUCAAUAAAACAUCCAGAUUCCA